UAAAAGGUGCUCUAUAUUCUGAGAGCGACUAUAGUCCACCUCGGCACAUACUAUCUGAAGGAAGGCAAAAGAAAAUACAAGCUUUCAAAAUGAAGCUUCUUCUCCUCACAACAUUUGUGGCAACUGUCUGCUAUGUCAAUGCAGGCAAGACAGCGAGGUUGCUGGCGGCGGCUCUGAACGGAGGGCUGAUGCCGGGUAUGAACGGAGGAUUGAUGGCAGGUAUGAAUGGAGGACUGAUGCCAACUAUGAAUGGAGGCUUGAUGGCAGGUGUGAAUGGAGGACUGAUGCCAACUAUGAAUGGAGGCUUGAUGGCAGGUGUGAAUGGAGGACUGGCAAACAGAGCAAUCCCUGUAAUGACCAUUGGAGGCCUGAACCCACCCGUGGUAGCUGCUGGUGGGGCAGGUGUCAUCGGGCAGCCGCAGCUUGCUCAGUUUGUUCUUGCUGUACCGGCUCCCAUUCCCAAUGUGUACCCUGUCCCUGCAGUCAAUGCGCUUCCUUACAUGGGAGUCCCUCAAACGGCACCACUGACUCUUCCUCAGCAACCUCAGGCGGGGAUCACAGGGGGCGGCGUGCAACAGCAGCUUCCUCUGCAGCCUGAUACACUGAGAAGAUUCAGGCGUCAGACUAUGAAACAGAACAACAGCUUUAAGAGCACUGUGGAUACUCAGAUCCCAGCUCCUACUGAAACAAUGACAACCACUUCCUGCGACAAAGAAGGACGUCCUGAAGACAACUAAGAUGAUGCUGUUAAAAACAGCUUUUAAUCAAA